AUGGAAGUGCUUAAUAUGAGAGAGUACUAUUUAGAUACUGAAAUUGGCAAUAAUCUGAGAGAGUCUAGGUAGAGAACUCUUUCAUAUCAAUCUAAGUCUAAUGUCUCAGUAGACUUACAUCAUUUUAGCAGUCACAUGAUCGUUUAGAGAGGAAAUAGGACUGAGAAAAGGAAUAAUAGAAUGAACAAAAGACUUUCACAUUCUAAGAAUUCCUCUUAGUUCAAAAGAGAAUAAUAGUUGAAGUUGCAAGAGCUUAAAUCAAAAGAAAAUCAGCUUAAGAAUAGUUUCAUAGAUAAUUUGAAAUUUCAUCUGGAAUAGUUCAUUCAAGAGAAAAUUGAGAAUAGUUUAAAAAGGAAAAAGUUUAUGAAAUCAGACUAGCCAUCUCCUAGAUAGUAGUCCUAGGACUAGUCAGAUAUAUAGACAAAUAAAUAGGUACAGGAGUAAAUUAGAUAAGUUAGAAAAAUGUAAAAAAUCAAUGGAAUGUCUCCCUGCUCUUCUAGAAAAUCAUCAACUAGCUAGAGGAAAAAAUAAUGUCAAUCUGAGCGAUAAUAGGAUAAAGUUAGUUACCAAUUUGAGCAAGAUGAUGAGAAUUUGGUAUUAGAGAUUAAAAUGAAAGUAGGUCAGGCUUAGAAGAAGACUCAGUUUAUGUGUGAAUUGCUGAAUCUAAUAGAUAAGUACGAAAUUAAUCAAAACAAUCAGUAAAAUAAAUAGGAAAGUUCUAAAUAUGAUACUCCUCAGGUUAAAGGACAUCCAUUUAAAAGAGCAAAUAAAAAUCCUAUAAAUCUGAUGUCUCCUCCUAAUAUUGGUAGCCCCAGUAGACUAUUAGACGAUGAAAUGCCAUAAUAGUCUAUAAAGUAAAACCGAUUGAGCUUCAAUAAUGCUUUCAUUAAUUAAUGCAUAUCAAAUUAGUCUUCAUCAAGAGAGAGAAUAAUGUCUGAUCUUAUAAAUUCCCCACCUAAACCAUAUAUUGAGGAUAAACAAGCAUUUUUCAGCUAAGAUGGAUCUUAGAAGUAUUUAUAGAAAUCGGUGAAGUUUGAUUAAGAAUACGAUACACCUUCUCCACCAUAUAAACCUAGAUUAUAGAUUGAAAAAUAAACAGAGUAGAUUUACUUACAGACACAGAAUGAUAUAAUGUCCCCAAGAGCAUUGAAUGAACCUUUGCCUUAGUUCCUAAAAUGCUAAGGUGAUAGGAAAUUAGUUAUUCAGUAUAGAACGAACUUCAAAAACUUGAAAAGGCCCCUAUAAGAGGAGCAGCUGAUCUCAUAAGCAUUUGGUUAUUUUCUAUCUAUUUACGAUUAGGAAAUGCUGUAUCAGAUAGAAAAAUCCUAUCCUGCAAAAAUGUGGAAUACUUUACAAAGCUAAAUCUACAAUAAGUAUGAUGCAGAUGAUCUUCAACUCAUAUUCAUAUAAAUCAAGCAGAUCAUAGAUAGCAAUAACUUCAAUAAAAAACUUUUACCCACGAUAAAGAAUUUGAUUAAACUAAAUCUUAAUAUCUUGAAUAAACAUGGUUAAACUUUGUACAACUUUCUUCAGGCUUCUGUUAACUAUAUGAAUGUAAGAUAACCAAUAUUAAUCAUCAUACUUUUCUAGUUUGUGUAAUAAAACUUCAAAGCUGAAUUAAUUCAAAACAUCAAUAAUGGUGACUAAUUAUAGCAAUAAAAGACUGAUGAUGAGCAGCCGAUAGUGUCCCCCAGAAUUAAUAGAAUGGAAGUCGGUGCUGUCUGGGGACAGAGUCGAAAGAACAGCAUGCACAGUUCUUAGCAAUCAAAACGCAGCAAUGACUCAAAAUUUAAUCAUAAUAACCUUCACAAACCCGCUGAAUGGAAUAUAUGCACUCAUCCAAACCAAAUUCACAUUAGAAAUGAAAACUCCCAGCAGAGAAAUCAAACUUAGAAAUUUUCACUUGCCAAAUGUAAAAGAGUAGAGUUGUAAUUAUGA